CGCACCCAUGGCGCCCGGUUGUCUAGACGAACGGGUGCACCGACUCCCUGGGAGGAUAAUAACUAUGAGUGCAAAAGCAAGACGCCCACUUUCCUGUUCCGUCGCCCUUUCACCCCCUCGGGAAGAUCAAAGUGCCUUUAGCCCAAGCAUGGCCUUGAGCGACUUCAUCACACCUGCAUGAGGUCACAAGCAGUCACUAGCGCAGGGGGGUGAGGCGAGUUCUGAGUGAAAGAAACGGGGCGGGGCUGAGGCCAAGGAGAGGUUGGACUGUGUCUAGCAUGCUCCUGACGCAGAAGGUUUUGAAACUUUUUUCACCUCGUCCGAAAUGGCUGCCUCCCAGUGUCUCUGCUGCUCAAAAUUUCUCCUCCAGAGACAGAACCUCACCUGUUUCCUCACAAACCCACACUGUGGCAGCCUCAUUAAUGCAGAUGGCCAUGGUGAAGUGUGGACAGAUUGGAAUAAUAUGUCCAAGUUUUCCCAGUAUGGAUGGAGAUGCACCACUAAUGAGAAUACCUAUUCAAACCGUACCCUGAUGGGCAACUGGAACCAGGAAAGGUAUGACCUGAGGAAUAUCGUGCAGCCCAAACCCUUGCCUUCCCAGUUUGGACACUACUUUGAAACAACAUAUGAUACAAGCUACAACAACAAAAUGCCACUUUCAACACAUAGAUUUAAGCGAGAGCCUCACUGGUUCCCAGGACAUCAACCUGAACUGGAUCCUCCCCGAUACAAAUGCACAGAAAAGUCAACUUACAUGAAUAGCUAUUCAAAGCCUUAAAUUGGGCAUCACUCAGGAUAUGUAUAAGAUCUUAAUAUUGACUAAUUUCGCAUCCAGGUUUCUAAGAAAUGAUAAGAUAUUUCACUUUUCCAGAGUAAAAUGUAGGAGGGAGCACAUUCUAAGUACACCUAAAAAUUUAGCUCACUGUAACACAGUUUCACUCUCUGAAUAAAUAAAGCAAAAGACACAGAAAA